ACGUGGUUUCACCCGGAAGCGGCGGUAUUUUUAGCAUAACUGCUGCCGCUGAUGUCGCUGCUGCCGCUGCUGCGAUGGAAGUAAACAAGGACGAAGCGGAGCGCUGCAUCGACAUCGCGACGGAUGCUUUAAACAGCCUAAAGCUGGAAAAGGCGUUAAAGUUCUUGGAGAAGGCGCAGAGACUGUUCCCGACAGAGAAAGCCAGAGCACUUUUAGAUUUACUAGCAAAGAAUGGAGCCAAUCCUAGACAAGGAGCCCCCGCCGACUUCAGUGGAGCCUCGAGGCCCCAGCAGCGGUGGAACACCAGUGAUGAUCCCAAACCUGAGGGAAAGCCUCCAGAUUACUCCAAACCCUACACUGCAGAUCAGCUAGAAGCUGUGAGACGAAUAAAACAAUGCAGAGACUUCUAUCAAAUUCUUGGAGUCCAAAAAGAUUCCUCAGAGGAGGAUCUGAAGAGAUCCUACAGGAAACUGGCUCUAAAGUUCCACCCUGACAAGAAUCAUGCUCCAGGCGCAACAGAAGCGUUCAAAGCUAUCAGUAAUGCCUAUGCUGUUCUGAGUAACACUCACAAGAGACGCCAGUACGAUCAGUGUGGAGAAGAUGGAGAACAUCCAUCAAAUGGUUGCCCAGACAGCAGAAGCUUCGAACCAGACAUUUCACCUGAAGACCUCUUCAAUAUCUUCUUCGGGGGAGGUUAUCCAUCGAGUGAUGCUCAUAUGUACUCUAACGGGAGGAGGCACAACCAAAGGCGAGAGAGAAGAGAGCGACCCAGGGAUGGAGGCCUUGCUCUUUUUGUGCAGGUCAUGCCUAUCCUCAUCCUGGUUAUUGUGUCAGCUCUAAGUCAGAUAAUGGUCAACAGCCCCUCCUACAGUCUCAGCUUCAGGCCGUCAGCUGGUUACUCUCAGAAGAGGCUCACUGAGAACCUCAAGGUGCCAUAUUAUGUUGGGGAGCGCUUCUCCAAAGAGUUCACAGGUGUGAAUCUGAAAAAUGUGGAGCGCUCAGUAGAGGACGAUUAUAUCUCCAAUCUUCGCAACAACUGCUGGAAGGAGAAACAGCAAAAGGAAGGAAUGCUAUAUAGGGCUCGCUAUUUUGGAGACAGCGAGUCAUACCAAAGAGCGCAGAGGGCUCGAACGCCAAGUUGUGGCAAGCUCUCUGAGAUCACCACCUCUUCACAUUAAAAGUUUCCAAAAUCACCACAAAACACAGCUAGCUGUACAAAAGCUUCAAGAGUUUGGAGGCUGGGGAUGGCUUAGCAAAACACACACCCUCACCAGAGCCUGGUUGAUGAAACCACAUCUGUGGAGUCUUAGUUCAUUAAAUACCUAAAUACGUAAAUAUUGUAUAGUUAUUAUGAAAAGCCAUUUAUCACAUUUUGACGGCCAAGCAAGAUGUGGGUUUGGAUCGCCUGUAAACGACAGUCUUGACUGGAAAGCCAUAAGCUGACAAAUAUUAUUUGACCUUAUAGUUACAACUAGUAAUGUGGACUCAUGUAGCACUUAAAAAUACCAUAACUAAUGCUUCCUUCUUGUCUUAAGCAGCCAGACCUGGAGAAUACCUCUUCCAUUGACUCCAAAUGCACUUUCUAUCUAUGCAGGAGUUUUGUGCAACCUCAGUUAGACACUUGAACUUUUGAUUUGUCAUUUCCUGUCACGUAUGUGUGAGACAGCAAUUAGGAAAACUUGAUUUAGCUUUUUUCUCACUGUAGAAGAAGUCCUUAAAGCCCUUUGAGAGGUGUUACUUCACUUCCCAGAUACCAAAAACGAUGAGAUUUUCCUAGCCACCAUGUGGGACUACAGCCAGUUGGAGUUAGAGUCUCAGAUCUUAUCUUAGUGUACAACAACCUUGUCUUUAUUACACACACACAUGAUCAGACUAAGAGGAAAUGUAGAGAUCUUGCUCACAUGUUCCACCUUUUUUUUACUCCCUGAUGAAAAUAAAAGCGGAUGCUGAAACCU